AAGCGAACAAAGCUUCAAAACGUCUUCAACUCGUGACAGGGACACCAUCGUUGGCAUCUCUUCCUUCUUUCUUCUUCCUCUCCCUAUUUCCCUUUUCUUUUAAAUUCCGCAUUUUCUUCACAAUUCUCCCCAACCGAAUUUAGCAUCCGAAUUUCCCAGAUCCCAAAUUCCCAGAACAAAAAGACUCAAACUUUGGUUUGUUCGUGGAUCACUGCUGAAAGAUGUGUUGUGGGGGAAGAGUGUGCAUGUUCUGCAUUUGCUUGAUUCUUGUGGUCAUCGCCAUCGGCAUGCUCUUCGGGUUCGGAGUGUUCAAGCAUGGAUUCCACAAGAUCAAAGACACUGUCAGUUACUGCGAUUCUUGCGGCGGCGGAGCCGCCGUAGGAAGGCCCUUCAUCGGUUAUGCACCACCGCCAUUGUUCUAGUUCAUCCUUUCCUUAUUCUGUUUCGUUCUUGUUAAUUUCUGUGGAUUUAUUGGUUUUUUUUAUUUUUAUAAAUUAGUGUUCGUUAGGGUUGAUAUUUGUAUUGUAACAACCGCCUUAUCGGGAAUUCGUGUUUGAUUUAAUAAUAACCUGUCUUGGUUACAA